CACCUCUCUCCCUAGGAAGUAGCCAGCAACCAGAGGCAACCAAGAACCUUAUAAAGAAUAUGAAAUAUGCUCACCACAUCAGAAUAUCAGAUGAUAUUCCCAAGUGUCCCCUCCCACCACAUUCCUCUCAAGGGGUGGAGGGAGGUAUUGGGUUCCCCAACCCACUUUCUUUUUUGGCAUUCAUAUACUAUAUAACUAGGUCUCCCCUGCCCAACUUCUGGAUUGUGCCUUCCUUCUGAUUGUAAGCGAUUUCUUUCUUAAUUAGUUUCUUGAAGGGCUUAUUAUUGUUGUAGAGGAUGGAUGGUGAUGGGAGUCCGUCGCAUGGAUCCAAAUAUGAGUGCUUACUGUUUGAUAUGGAUGAUACUUUGUAUCCCAUGAGUGCCGGUCUCAACCUCGCUUGUCGCAAGAACAUACAAGAGUACAUGCUGCAACACUUGCAAAUAGAAGAAAGUGAGGUGCCCAGGAUGUGCUUGGAGCUGUACAAAGAGUAUGGCACAACGAUGGCUGGCCUCAAGGCAAUGGGGUAUGAAUUUGACGAUGACGAAUUUCAUGCAUAUGUUCAUGGCAGAUUACCCUAUGACACUCUCAAACCUGAUCCAAUCUUGAGGAACCUUCUACUUUCCAUGCCACAACGUAAAAUUAUUUUCACCAAUGCUGACAAAGCUCAUGCAGCUCAAGUUCUAAAAGGUUUGGGUUUGGAAGAUUGUUUUGAAGGCAUUAUAUGCUUCGAGACCCUAAAUCCACCUCUACAAUCCUAUGAUGAUGAUCACUUGGGUAGUGAUGGUGGUGAUGGUGUUGAUGGCGGUGAUGAUGAUUAUCACUUGAGUGGUGGUGGUGGUGAUGAUGAUUGUGUGUUGUUACCGAAAAUAGAAUCUGAGACUACAUGUAAUGGUGAAUUUUCCAAGUCACGGAUCAUAUGUAAACCCUCUCCUGAAGCCUUUGAAGCUGCUAUUAAAAUAGCAAACGUCGACCCCAACAAGACGAUCUUCUUUGAUGACAGUGUUCGAAACAUUGCGAGUGGGAAGGCAGCAGGACUUCAUACAGUCAUUGUGGGCAGCUCCGAACUUGUUCCAGGUGCGGACCUUGCUUUGAGUAGCAUUCACAACAUUAAAGAAGCAGUGCCUGAGAUAUGGGAAGGUGAAGGUGACAGUGGUGGAGAUCAUGAGUUGGGCCAGAUUCUUCAUCAAUCCACUGCUGUCCAAACUUUUGUCCUUGCUUAGAUAAUUCUGUACCCUUAUAAGCAACCAAUCUGAAUGAGCUCAGCUAGCUACCUCUUUAUCAAAUCAAAUUCUUCAUACUUACAGUAGUACUGCUCCACUAGCUUUACCAGUAUACAUUUUAGUCCUUUGCUUACGAGUUUCCUCCAUAAUAAUAUCAUGUAUCAGGCCCCGUCGAAUAUCAUGUGCAUGUACAGUUGGUGUAGAUUCCCUUUUCCUUGCAAGGAACUGAUGUUAAUUAAAGUGCUUUUGUGCUUUAGGUAAUAAGAUUAAUUAGCAUCAAA